AUAGAAGUACGAUGAACGACUCUUCCAGAAGAUGGCAGCAAUGCAACAAAUAGGAUGCAAAUUGCCAUAAAACUCCAGAGAAGAAGAACACGGUUCGUUUCAUUUCUCCUAACCGGCUAACUUGUAGUUCAACAAUGCAGCAACGCGAGGAGAAGCAGUUAGAAGCCUCUGUGGACUCUCUCAUCUCUCUGGUGGCUCUCACUAAAAACGCUCUGCAAAGUUUCAUCUACAAGCUGGAGAACGAAUACGAGCGACUGACAUGGCCCAAUGUUCUGGAUAACUUCGGUCUCCUGUCUGGUCAGCUGAACACCAUCAAUAAGAUGCUGAAGAACGAGAAGACGCCGUCGUUCCGCAGCCAGGUCAUCAUCCCUCUGGUGCUGUCCCAGAAGCCAGACGAUGAUCUAACGGUCCUCACAGAGCAGCGUGUCCCGGUGUUCAGCCAUGAAAUUGUCCCAGACUACUUGCGGACCAAACCCGACCCGGAAGUGGAGGAGCAGGAGAAGCAGCUGAGCACGGAUGCGGCGCGCAUCGGUCCGGAUGUAGCGCAGAAACAGAUCCAGGCGCUAAAUAAAAUGUGUUCCAACCUGCUGGAGAAGCUGAACAACCCGCGCGAUGACAGAGAUGCAGAAAGUGCCGCGUCCCGACUGAACAAACCGUCGUUUAACCCCGGAGACACCAACGCUUUGGUUGCAGCCGUUGCGUUUGGAAAAGGCCUUUCCAAGUGUAGGCCUCCAGGUCCCAUGGCUCCUGGACAUCCAGGGCAGGGGCCCAUGAUGAGCGGGGGUCCAACCUUACAGCAGGUCACUAUCGGAGGUGGUGGAGGCCAGCAAGCAGGUAUGGGGGGACCGGGAGCGCCACAGCAGCAAGGACAGCCGGGGAAAAUGCCAAGCAGCAUCAAGACAAAUAUAAAAUCUGCUUCCAUGCAUCCCUACAACCGAUGAGCCUUCUGCUCUCCAUUCCUAACAGCUCAGCUCUUCAUGGAACUGACCGAGCCUGAGGACCAGGGGCCCGCAGCCUGUGGCCCCGGAGCCACAGUGGCUCUUACUAACUUUGACUUGAUGAAGAAACUACUUAGGUUUUAAAAAUGCAAUAACAAAUACAAGUUUUUUCAUGUUGAAUUCCACAACAGCAUAACAAAAGCACUGUUCAUUUUUAUUUAGAACCGUUUCUCAGGCUGGAAACUGAGAAAAUGUAACCGUUAUUUUUUUGGAAGUACAUUAAAGCCUGAAAUCAGGAUUCCUGAGGUUGUACUUUAAAAAUUACAAUAGAUUUUCUGCUGUAGCUACUUAUCAAAUAUUAUAAGAUGCCUUUUUAUUUUUUUUAUUUUAUUUUUUCGAAGGAUCAGGUCAUAUUCGUGGCUCUAACCCGUUUUAUUUAGCUGGACUGAGGGCAGAAAUAACUUGUAUCAGUUGCAGAUUCUCGAUUCAGAAUUGGUCAGGUUUGGGAACUAGAGCUUCUGUUUGUAGCCACUAGAUGGCACUAUAUCAACAUUAAAAGGCCUGAAACAACUUUCUAUCUUUACAGUUCAUGUAAUAUCUUUCUUUUAUUUAUUUUUUUCUAAAAUAAAUAAAUACAUACAAACA